GGAGGGCGGGCUCUGUGGAACCGGGAGGAGCUGAUUCGGGGUGUUGUGAAUUCGUACAGCCAAGAAAGAGUGGGAGUUGUCGGACCGAUUUGUUGUGCAUUUUGUCCGUCGUUUUGCACCGAUUAUCAGCGCACCAGCCGCAACCAUGCCCGGGAUAGAGAAGCUGCCGAUUGAAGAAACGCUGGAGGACAGUCCGCAGACGCGCUCCCUGCUGGGCGUGUUUGAGGAGGACACUGCAGCCAUCUCCAGCUACUGCACCCAGCUCUAUCAGGCCAUGCACAGGAUUUAUGACGCACAGAAUGAGCUGAGUGCUGCGACACACCUGACCUCCAGACUGCUGAAAGAGUACGACAAACAGCGUUUUCCUCUAGGGGGCGAUGAUGAGGUGAUGAGCUCCACCCUGCAGCAGUUUGCAAAAGUCAUUGAUGAGCUGAGUUCCUGCCAUGCCGUCUUGUCCACCCAACUUGCAGAUGCCAUGAUGUUUCCGAUCACUCAGUUUAAAGAGAGAGAUCUGAAGGAGAUCCUCACUCUUAAAGAAGUCUUCCAAAUAUCCAGUGACGAUCACGACACAGCCAUUAACAGAUACAGUCGUCUGUCCAAGAGGAAAGACAACGACAAGUUGCGAGCUGAAGCUGUGGAGGACGUCUACACGUCCCGCAAGAAACAGCACCAGACCAUGAUGCACUACUUCUGCUCACUUAACACACUACAGUACAAGAAGAAGAUGGCGCUGCUGGAGCCGCUGCUGGGCUACAUGCAGGCCCAGAUCAGUUUCUUUAAGCUGGGCUCAGAAAAUCUCUCCCAGCAGUGGGAGGACUUCCUGGGAACCAUAGGAACCAGUGUGCAGAAUGUGCGUCGGGAGAUGGAGGAGGAGGUCACGCACAUGCAACAGACCAUCCAGGACAUGGAGAGAUCAUGUGACUCGCUGUAUGCUCCGUGUGACCCUGACCCCGCCCACUCACCUGUCUGUCGCAACUUGACCAGGAAACAGGGCUACCUGUACAUCCGAAAUAAGACCGGGCUGGUGUCGACGUCCUGGGAGCGCCAGUACUUCUUCACGCAGGGCGGUAACCUGAUGCAGCAGGGCCGCGGCGAGGUGGCGGGCGGGCUGGUCACAGACCUCGACAACUGUUCCGUCAUGGCGGUAGACUGUGACGACCGCCGCUUCUGCUUCCAGGUCACUUCCUUCGAUGGCAAGAAAGUGGUGACCCUGCAGGCGGAGAGCAGGAAGGACUGCGAGGAGUGGGUCGCCACCAUCAACAACAUCUCCAGAAGGAUCUACCUGAGCGAGAACGCAGAGGAGCUGGCAGCCAGAGUGAACCAAUCGGCUCUCGAAGCCGUGACACCGUCGCCGUCCUUCCAACAGAGACAUGAGAGCAUGAGACCCAGCAGUAAAGGGCGUGUGGGCCGAGCGAGCAGCAUCAGCUCUGUGGGCUCAGAGCCGUCACCUGCCCUCUCUGUGCUCUCAUUGGAUGCUCUGGUAGCCCCGGAAACCCCAAUCCAGUUUGACAUCAUUUCCCCCGUCAGUGACGAGAGCUCGGGACAGAGCAAGGCGGCAUCACAGUCCGGCAGAAGAAGUAAUCCGUUCGGAGAGUCAGGAGACAGCCCAUCAGGGGACAGUGAAGAAUCGAUCCUCCAUCAGCUCUUCAUCGUUCGCUUCCUGGGCUCCAUGGAGGUGAGGACUGCUGAGUCUGCAGACGUCAUCUCUGAGACCAUGAGGCAGAUCCUGGCGGCCAGAGCCAUCCACAACAUCUUCAGGAUGACUGAAUCCCACCUGCUGGUCACCUGUGACUGCCUCAAGCUAAUUGAUCCUCAGACACAAGUCACUCGCCUCAGGUUCCCUCUCUCCACUGUGCUUCAGUGUUCGUCUCAUCAGGACAACAAGAGGCUGUUUGGUUUCGUUCUGCAGCCGGCAGGCGGGCGGGGUGACAGCCGGGCCGUCUGCUACAUCUUUGAGUCCAACAACGAUGGAGAGAAGAUCUGUGACAGCAUCGGUCUGGCCAAGCAGAUAGCCUUCCACUCUGAGAUGGACCGUAAGGCCGUGGAGAAGAAGAAGGAGCAGGACAAGGCCAAAGAGAAGCAACAGGAAGAGCUCAGCAAACAGAGACAGAUAGAGAAGGAUCUGGAGGAACAGAGCCGUUUGAUCGCCGCUUCCAGUCGCCCCGUUAACCCUCCUGGCUCUGACGGACAAUUCCUGGUGCUUAGCAACAGCCAAUCGGAGGACAGCGAUGCCGGGGAGGAGGGGAAGAAGAAGGGCGAGUCUGAAGCCUAACAAAGCGCAGAGGAUGCAUGUUUUACCUCCCAGGCAAGUGCCAGCUGGUACUGUCAAAGCAACAGCUCAGGAAUCAAAAGGAGGGGAACGCCACCCGCCCGCCUGGGCUGCCUGGGACUGAAAAACAUGUGCUCCUUCUCUGCUGGACUCUGAAGUUUGUGGUGGAGCCUGGCACUCUAAAAAUGGAGGAUAAACUAAACGCACCCUCACUAUAUAAGAGGAGGAGAGGAGUAGGCGUGGAAACGUCUCAUCAUGGACUCGUGUUUUAUUCUGUGUUUAAAAAGAUGCUGCUUUUUAUAACGGCUCCACAAAUAUAGAUUAACCUGAUUAUUUUAUGAAAAGAGAUUAUGGCAAUGAAAGAGGAGACAUGGGAGAAAACAUGAGGAGAUCCAGCAGGGAAAGAGAGCAGUUCAGUGUUGUGAGAAAACGAAAAAAAGAGCACGAAAGAGAAGGAGUCUUAUUUUGAAGAAGGAGUCUUAUUUUGAAGAGCCCUUCCUGUUGUGAUGUGUUCGUCUGACCGGUUCAUUCUUUCCUUCCUUCCAGACAGUCCCUGGUUUUCAUUCAUUUCUACUUGCAAAAAAACAACUUGCUGCUUCAUCGCCAUCACAGCAGAGCUUCAGCAAUUAGCCGAUUCAUUGAUCGGUGAAAAAUGUGCACCCAAUUGAUCUGUCGUUUUUCAAGCAAAAAAUGUCAAUUAUGUAACAUCUUGACUUCAGUCAGUUAAUCGAUUGUAAAAAUGAUUUCGAGUGAAGCCCCUCAGGGAACGCUGUGAUGACUGUGGUGAUGAAGAGCGAUAUCAUCAUCAUCAUCAUGCAGUAAAGCAAACUGUAAAGUGUUGCAGUGGAUUACGAAACUCGAGCAGCUGGUCUUCAUAGUUUGCUUAGAUGAACUGCAGGCGGCAACAUCGUCCAGUCAGCACUGGAUCUGAUGAGUCGCAGGUCGAACGGCGUUCAGGAUGUCAUCGGUUAAAACUGGGCUCAAUUCGGUUUAAAUUGUUCAUUUGUUCAUUUUCUAUUCCGCUUAUCCGUCGGGGUCGCAGGGGACUGGAGCCUGUCCCGGCUUGGUUGAAAUUUUUUAUAUAUAUAUAUAAACAAUUUUUAGAUGUUUGGUUGCUAACAGAUUCUUUUUAACUAAAGUUCACUGGUUGGUUGCUGCUUUCCAAAACACCUCACGUUAGCGUUACAACCUGGUUACGGCUGGGAAACGUCGCGGAUGCAAGCAAAUCAGUUUUUGACUGUUUUGGCGUCGUCAGGCUAAAGCUUGUGACUGCGUCGUGUCUCUGAAACACACAAACUGUUGGCAGUAAUUACGCUGUUGUGUGAUACAGAAACACUGAUAUUGAAGCCAAAACCAUCUGCUGAUAUUGAUAUUGACGAUGAUAUUGACAAAUUGAAGUUUCAGCUCAGUUUCUUUUAAUCACGACCUCGAUGUGUUUGAAGAAAAAUCUCUAUAACCUCCAGCGACUUCCAGUGCCAAUGCUGAUUAUGUUUAUGAAUUUGCCUUUUUCUGUAUUUGUUGAAUUAAUUGUAGAACAUCAUAUCAUUAGCUACGCUUUGUCCAGCGUCCCAGCUUUUCACGACGCUUGUUAGCAUGUUGUCAUGCCGAGAGCCGACAUGGCUGCCGCAGGAGCCAACAUGGCUGCCGCAGGAGAUUAGUGUUGAGACUACUACAGAAGAAGGAAAUGUUUCUUUAUUCCAGAAUGAGAUGUGUGUAACUUCCUCUUAGAAAACGAACAGCUGCAUGAAACAUCAGCGAGACUCGUUCAGCACAAGCACAAACCUGAUCAGACGAGUUCGGGCUCAGCUUUUGUCUUCUCUGACGGUCUGAUCUGCAACAUUAGCUGUUCAUUCAGUAAACUCUGAAGAAAUGUCACAUUUUAACAUGUAGAUGCAUGUAAGGACCAGUCGAGUCGGCGUGUUUCUGCCGACAUCAAAAUGUUUAUCUCCACUCUCACAAACGUUUAGCUGCUUCAGUGUUUGGAGCCUUUUUAUGUUUUUAUCCUGCCUUCAUCCUGACUGCAGGAAAACAUCUGGAUAAGCUUCAGUUCCAACAUCAUGUGCGUUACUUGUAGGGAUGUCAGAGAUCAGUCAGCUGUCAGCAGUCAGCUGUGACUGAAGGCCUCCCACGGUGAUGAUGUUUCCAAAAACCUAAAUCAGCAGUUACUGGUGAUGAUUUUAUUUUUCUGCAUCUUUGUGGAGGACGUUUUCUUGCUGUAACGAGGUGAAGGACUCGUGUUGGCGGAGCUGCACUUUACUGACGCAGGAAAACGCGCCUGAUGGGAUUGAUGGUGUUGAACUGUACAUAUGUUUCAGUGGUGAUUGUUUCAGUUACAAAUAAAGCACUAACUCCA